UUUUCCCUAUUGGAUAGUGUCAUUCUGAAGACUUUCAAUGUACAACAGAAUCUGUACUUGUUCCAUCAAUAUUUACAUAUCUAAAGAAACAUGGAAUUCGAUCAAAUUCUUGAAAUUUCUUGCAAGUAAUCUAUGUUUAAUGUUCUACAAUCCUUCCAGAAUGUAGGUUGCUUGCCACCUUGACUCUUUCCUUUUAAAUAAAUUCCAAGAGUAAAGGUGGCUUUUCCCUUUCCCUGUGGUUUCUAAAAUACAAUUGUAAAGUUAAAAUCAUUAAGCCCAGAUGAUUGCUUGCUUAGUAUCACCAUGCCAAGGGGAGAUCAUUACAGUGCAUUCAUUACCCAGCGCUUAUGGCUGGAUAGAGGCAUAGAGCCUCUGUUUCCUAAGCAGACGAACGAACCUUACCUGGCGUGGCUUUUUCAAAACCCAUUUUUAUUAAUUUCUCUGAAUGAGGCCCAAUAAGCCCAAACUUGGCCUAACAUUAUCCUAAACUCCCAGCUCUCUUCCCUCCCCGCAAAAUUAUGGCUCUUCUCGGCGAUGACGGACGCGGCUACGACUUAGCUCGGCAACUAGAGUCAUGCGGCGUAUGGCGAGCCUGGCUUGGCGAUUCAACCUACGCCUCUUUCAAAGAUUUCCUCUCUUCUCCUUCGGAUUGGGAAUCGUUCAUGCGCGUUGACGACUCAAAGUCUAGGGCUCAGAUCCAACUACAGCUAAGAGCUCGCGCCCUCUUGUUCGAUAAAGCCACCGUCGCUCUUUUCCUCAGAUCCAACUCUACCAAAUCCUCUAAUUCUUCUUCUCCUUCAGUUGCCGUUUCAAAACUUAAUCCGAAUUAUUUACAGUUGCACGGUGAUGACGUAUACUUUACGUUGGAGGGUUCGUUACAGGAUGGUGGUGCUGCAUCUUAUACGGCACCGUCGAAGAGAUAUAGGAAUGAAGAGUUGCCAGAAAAUUGGUAUAAUCAAUUUAUUGAGAAGUAUAGACUUACCAGACCUUAUAAGUUGUCUCUUGGGGACCGAGAGUCUGACAAACGUACACCAGAGGAGAUGACUAAAUAUAUCAGAAUUCUUGAGAAGCAUAAGAGAAGAUGUUUGGCAUUUCCAGAAGAUCAGAUCAUGGGAUAUGGAAAUACUGGUCUAGAAUCAAAUUCUGUUUUAGAUGGCAAUAACUCAGCUGAUGAUGAAAUCCCCUUUUUCCCUGAAACAAUGUUUAUGAUGAACUGUGUACCUGAUAGUGCCCUUCCACUGACAACCAGAGUGUGGGAUAAGAAGACAAUAGAGUUAUAUGGAGUUCUUGAUACUCUACCGCAGGUUUCAUCCCGGAGUCCUGUUAUGAUUGAGAGGCUUGGUAUAAGGCCUGAGUACCUGAACAUGGAACAGGGUGGCAACGUUCAUCGCGGGAAGAAUAACAGGAAGCUCUUGGGUCAGGAACAAGCAUCACAGAUGUCUCGAAAGGUCAUAGCACGGUUACUGACUGGUGUUGGGUUUGAAGGUGCCACAGAAGCUCCAGUGGAAGUGUUCUCUCAGUUUCUCAGCUGUCACAUUUCUAAACUUGGUCGUAAUCUAAAAGUUCUUACUGAUAAUUACAGAAAACAGUGUUCAGCCAUUGAACUAAUUAGGAUGUUCCUUCAAACAUCAGGAUAUAGUAACUUCGGGACCCUAGCUGAACUUGUCAAGGAUAGUACCAGGAACUUAGUGCAACAAACUCAGCAACAAAUGCAUGGGAUCCAGUCACAAUUGCAGCCACAGCACCAAAAUGCUCUUCGAAUGGCCCAGCAACUACAGAUGACAAGACAAAUGCAUCCGCAGAUGCAGCAGAUGGUUCAUCCUCAAAAUUUAACUUUUCAGCAGCAGCAGCAGUUGGAAAGAAUGCGUAGGCACCAACAAUCUACCCCUCAUCAUGUUAUGGAAACGGAUAAAGACCGACCUAUGGUGCAAGUUAAGAUUGAAAACCCAUCAGAGUUGCCCAUGGAAAGCAAUGUCUUUACUCCCAUCAAUACCAGACAUCCACAAAUGCACUACCGUCAGCGGCAACUUGCUGCAAUGUCAAAUAUGCACGCUCAGGCUCAGUCCAGCAAUCAGUUCAGGCAGUUGAUGUCUCCACAAAUUCCUCAAAUGCAAACACAGAACAUGAGCGUUGUUAGAGCUCCACCGGUGAAGGUUGAAGGUUUUCAGGAAUUGAUGGGUGGGGAUACCACCUUGAAGCAUGAUUCUGAGGAAAAUAAACUGACCUCGCCCUCAAAUAAAUAGCUUUAAAGUACAUUCAUCGGUGAGCAUAUGCCUCUGCCUGCUUAUUUCGAUAUUACUGGUUUCAAUGAAAUUUUUGCUUCUUUUGUUGUUUGAAAAUCAGAUCUUAUAUUACAAUAUAAUCUUAUUUAUGCUUUGUGCAAUCAAUUGUAUAGUCUGCUGGCCCAAAAAAAAUCUUAUUUGAGGAUUAACAGUAAAUGCCUGCUGUAUAGCAUUCAAAGCGAAGCAAAAGCAGGACAAAAAUAUCAUUUAAAUGUGUAAUUUGGUACAAGGGAAGCUGCAGAUUGAAGAUAGCGAAAUAGAUUUCAGAUAGUGUAAAAUUUUGAUUGUAUAUUUUGUCUUUGAUAUUUUUGGAUUUA